AGUGCGCGCUUUUCUUGGGUUUCAGCGAGCAGCAGCAAUGAGCGAAUCCAGCCGGCGGGGCAGUGAGUAUAGAAACUAUACCGGCUGCAAACGGCCUCGCAACGGCGGCAAUAAAGUCACAGUGGCCCUCGGUGCGCAAUGGGGAGAUGAGGGCAAGGGGAAGCUGGUGGACCUGUUGGCCACUGAUGCUGAUAUUGUGUGCAGGUGCCAGGGUGGAAACAAUGCUGGCCAUACGGUUGUUGCAGAUGGAAAGGAAUAUGAUUUUCACCUCUUUCCAAGUGGCAUUAUUAACCCAAAAGCUACUUCCUUUAUUGGGAAUGGUGUUGUAAUACAUUUACCUGGUUUGUUUGAAGAAGCUGACAAGAAUGAAAAAAAAGGAUUAAAAGAAUGGGAGAAGAGGCUGAUCAUUUCAGACAGAGCACACUUGGUGUUUGAUUUUCAUCAAGCUGUUGAUGGUCUCCAAGAAAUUCAGCGACAAGAGCAGGAGGGAAAAAAUAUUGGCACCACAAAGAAAGGGAUAGGACCAACAUACUCCUCCAAAGCAGCACGAACUGGUCUGCGAAUCUGUGACCUUUUAGCUGACUUCAGCGAUUUCAGCACCAGGUUUAAACUUCUGGCUCAACAAUAUCAGUCCAUGUUUCCUAACCUGAGAAUAGACAUUGAAGGACAACUUAAAAAAUUAAAGGAAUAUGCUGAGCGUAUAAGGCCAAUGGUGCGAGAUGGUGUUUUUUUUAUGCAUGAGGCUCUUCAUGGUCCAGCAAAAAAAAUUCUUGUGGAAGGUGCCAACGCAGCAUUACUCGACAUCGAUUUUGGAACUUAUCCAUUCGUGACAUCGUCAAACUGCACAGCUGGAGGUGUAUGCACAGGCCUGGGCAUUCCUCCAUCGAACAUUGGAGCAGUUUAUGGUGUUGCCAAAGCCUAUACCACUAGAGUGGGUAUUGGGGCAUUCCCAACAGAACUCAAAAAUGAAAUCGGUGAGCUACUACAAUCUCGAGGCAAUGAAGUGGGUGUAACUACAGGCAGGAAGAGACGCUGUGGCUGGUUAGAUCUAGUCAUACUGAAAUAUGCUAAUAUGAUUAAUGGAUUUACUGCGUUGGCUCUAAUGAAGCUGGAUAUCCUGGAGAUCCUUGAUGAGAUUAAAAUCGGUUUAGCUUACAAAUUGAAUGGAAAGCGAAUUCCAUAUUUUCCAGCAAACCAGGAAACCCUGAACCAAGUAGAGGUUGAGUAUGAAACACUUCCGGGCUGGAAGAGCAGAAUCAGCAAUGCUCGGACAUGGGACGAUCUGCCACCUAAGGCUCAAAACUACAUCAGAUUCAUUGAAAAUCACGUGGCAGUCCCAAUUAAAUGGAUUGGUGUUGGAAAAUCAAGGGAGUCCAUGAUCCAACUUUUCUAAUCGCAGAGCAGGACAGGGUUGAGUAAUUUCAACACCCUGCCCUGAUUUUUCUGCAUAAAUUUAAGAUUAAUGUUUGUGUUAUGUUGAAAAUAUUCCUGAUAUUGUAUGAAGCACUUAAUUUACAAUUUCAGUUCUGUACAUUAAUAGCUCUUAAGGUCAUCGUUAACUGGAAGUUUAGAAUACCUGAAACACCACCAUAUUCUUACAAUUCAUGUACACCUUGCUAAAACAAUACACCAGUGAGUCACUUCCAUCAAAUAAUAUAACAAACUGAAAUUGUGAAUGGAUACUAUUUUGGCAAACAUUUAGAAUUAAGAGCACUGAAAUCACUCAAGUUAUGUUUAAUGUUGGAGUUUGUAGUUAAAGAUUAAAUUUAUGUUAAUUGUUGUUUGAAUUAACCUGGUAACAAAAACUACUGUAGAUCAUGUUUGUAUUUUUUGCCAUAAUUUAUUCAGAAGACCCUCAAGUUAACUCAAUCAAAGCAUUUAAGUUAUAUCCUACAGCUCCUCUUCUUAAAAAAAUUAUUACGAUGGGCAUUUGUUUUAUUUCAUUACAAAAGGGAGGUGCUUUUAUUUUAAUAGCUUCAGAAUUGUUUUGUAAUAGGUAAUUUCAUUAUUUAAAUGCAAAUAUAAAUUCUAAUGAAACAAAAUCACAAUGCAUAGGAUUAAGUGUGAACUUUGUGUAUUUAUUAGACAUUAACAGUAGACAGAAAACAUUUUUCCAAAUGCCUUUUCAAGCCUGUUGAACUUUGUGAAGCAUGUCACCAGUGUUUUUACUUCCAAGUGCCCUGUAAAUGGAUUCAGCAGAGUCAGUAAUGCAGCCUAGGUAUUAUAUAACAAGUCAGUGAAUCAAGUUUCACUUGCCUAUUAAUUAUAACUUACAUCAGGGUUUAUGUUGUAUGAUGAAUCAUAUUCUGUCUUCCAGCGAUAGGUGUCAGGUUGCCCGUAUAUAUCUUUUGGGAUUUGUUUAAAUGUCUCUCUUGCUGUUUGCAGAUUGUUGUAAGUGCCACCUUCACACUUCAGUUCUUCAACCACUCUUGCAUAUUCGCUGCUGUAAUGUUUAUUAAAUAGUCCUCUGUUAAUGCACUAAUUUAAACGAUUAUGAUCUUUCAUUUUCAAGUUUUAUUACACAAUUAAGCCAAUUAGCCUGACAUCAGUGAUGCUUAAUCUAUAUUACUGAUAAGAUAAACAGGGCACUUAGGAAAUACUUAUAUAGUUUAGUAAAGUCAGAGCAUAUAUAUAUUUGAUAAAUCUGUUAGCAUUUUUGAAGUUGUAGCUCAGAGGGUAUAUAGAGUGCCAUAAGUGAAUGUAGUAUAUUUGACAUUUCAGUAGAAUUCGCUAAUAGAUGAUAUUAGGUGAUAUUAUCACAAAUAAUAAUUUAUUAUUAGAUAUCACAUGAGGUUAUUUCAGGAAAUUAGUGUUUAAGGGCUUUAAUUUAAUGUAUUAGCAUGCAAAUAAUGAUUACUAAUAGACAGAAAAUAGAGUGGGAGUCUAAGAAUGUUUGGGGAGGCUGCAAAUAAUGGAGUACGUCAGGCCCUUUAUUUGGGCCUCACCAAUUUACAAUUUAACAUGAAUGAAUUAGAUGAGGGGACUGACUGUAUUGUAUGUAAGUUUGCUGGCAUUACACAAUCUAGUGGGAAAAUAAUCUAUAUGGAGGGUGCAAAGUGCCUGUCAAAACAUGGUGACUGGGUACAAAUGUGUCAGGUACAAAAUAAUGUAGAGUAAUAUGAAAUCAUCUUCUAUUAUUAGGAAAAGCAAUAAACCAGAAUGUUUUUAAAAAGUGAGAAGAACUUGGGUAUCUUUGUACCAGGAUCACAAAAAGUUAAUACAGAUACUACAUGACACAAUUAGGAAAGCAGACACCCGGCAUACUGUGUGCUGUUUUAGUCAUCUUUCCUAAUUUCCAGAAUGAGGGGAUUGUUGCUUUGAGGAGAAAUUUGUCGAUUUGGCCUAUAUUUCGUAGUGUUGAAAAUAGAGAGGGAUACAUAGAUGAAAAUGUUACAUUCUUAAAGAGCUUGUUAGGAGUAAAUACUGGGAGCAAGUUUCCUCUUCAUUUAGUGAGUACACAAUAAGGGGUUACAGUCUCAAUAUAAAAGAGUGGCCAUUUGGGACUGAGAUGAGAAGAAAAUUCUUCUUAGAAGAUUAGGAAUCUUUGGCAUUCUGACCCAAGGUGAAUGCUUAUUCAUUGAGCAUUUUCAAGACCCAGAUCAAUUUUUGUUUUGGAUACAAAGAAAAUCAAGUGAUGUACACACAGUGAGAAACUGGAGUUGAGGGAAAAGAUCUGGCAUAAUAUGAUCGAAUGGCAGAGCAGGUCUGCAGUUAGGAUGGCCUACUCCUAUUUCUUGUUAUGCUUUAAUUACAGUUAUGCUGAGUUAUAUUUAUUUUCCUCUUUAUUUUUAAAGAAAUUUGGAGUUACUACAAUUUAGAAAAUAAUUCAACCAACAACAGCAGUUGAUCACAACGUAUUGCAUGUGGUAGAAUUGUCAGUCUCUUGGAAAUGAUAACAACUGUCGAUUGCUUUUCUUCAACAUCAUAAAAUGUUCUCUCGCUGGCUGAACACAGAUCCCUUCAUUGCUGGUAUUAUUGAUUUUUCUUUUUUUCCAGAAAUUGCCUAGCACAGAUGUAAUGUACCAAAUGCCAUCCUUCUGUGUCAGAAUAUUUUUGGUUCUAUGAGUCUGUCCUAUCACAAGAGCAGGAUAAAGUAGUGCUAUUAUACACAAUGACUCAAAGGGGACUCUGAUGCAAAUAUGGUGGAAAGUAGGGAAAAAGAUUUUGUUUCCCUCCAGGAUCAACUAGGCAUUUGUACUGACUACAUGUGUCAGCAUUAGGCAAGGGAUAGAAAAGUGGAGGGAGAUUUUGCAACAUUUUCGUCAACAUUUAUCCCACAUCUAAUCUCAUUGAAACAGUUUAUUUUAUUGUUUUAAUCUAAAUACUGUGUGUGGAAUGUUCCUGUUUACAAAUUUACUACAGUAUUUUUAUACAGUAGACUGAGUACAAU